UGCAGGGGUUUGGAGACAGUAGCAGAGAGAGAAGGGCGCAUUCAAAAAUAAGGUUGCUUUAUUUUCAUUAAUUAAUCAAGAAGGGAGUCGAGGGAGCGAAUGAAAGGAGAGAGAACGCGAGAAGAGCUGCUGUGUGAAAUUGUUGCCAGUGAGCUUGGUGGUAACCCAGAGCGAGGUUGGAUGUGGACGACAUGAUAAAAAAACAGUACGAGAUCGGAGCCAGGGAGACGGCGACAAUGGCGACAGUCGCUCGAGCGCCGGCUGGCAGAAUGAAAGGUCGAGCUCCACUACCGCCGCCUCAGCCAGCUCCACGCAAGAUCCUCACUGCUGCCCAAAAUUGUAAAGUUAGAAGCAAAGAUCAGAAUCCAGGAGAAAUGAAAGAAAAUGUGUUGCCUGGAACAGUGGACAUGUUGGUUUUCUUACCAAACGGUGCAGAAAAAAUGGUCGAAGUGAGUGGAAGCAAAGCAGUGAUGGAUCUCUUGAUUGACUUGUGCAGCCAGUAUCAUUUGAAUCCAACCCAUCAUACCCUUGAACUGCAAUCCAGAGAGACGUGCAAACCAUUGGGCUUCAAGCCAAAUACCCCAGUCGGAGUUUUGGAUAUAGACAAAGUGUUCAUAAAGCAGAAAGUUAUUGAGGAGAAGCCAAGAAGACCCCCACCUGUAGUGCCUGAAAAAACUGUGAGGUUGGUGGUGAAUUUCCACAAGACACAAAAAACUGUGGUGCGAGUCAGUCCAUUUGUACCCUUGCAGAAUCUGCUGCCAGUUAUAUGUGAGAAAUGUGACUUCAAUUCAGAUCACCUUGUACUCCUGAAAGACAACAUCAGAAGGGAAAAGGUGGAUCUUUCAAAAUCGUUAAAUGAUUUGGAAACCCGGGAAUUGUAUGCUCUGGAUAUUAGUAGAGAGUUCAAUCAAAGUGCAUCAACGCUCACUGGCAUGAACGAAAAGGAACAAAAAGGGCUAUUGGACUUCUUCAAAAUUGGCAAAAAGAAACCAAAAGGUUAUUCAACAGCACCAUCCACGCCAACUGUUAACACACGAUCGACUAUGUUGAAUCCAUCGCUUUCUACUAACAACAUAUUGAGAAUGGCUCAAGUGACAGAUGUAAAGAAACGAAGAGCACCACCUCCACCAUCAGCUCCUCCAGAACACAGCAGCAUAAAGAUUGCCAAUCAAAGUGUGCAAGAGGUAACAAGACAGUGCAACUGCCAUUGGACUAAGCCUUCAUGAUGCUAACAAAAAUUUCAUAUUUUUCCAUUCACAUCCCGUACUAAUUAUAUUGAUAUUACAAAUGGUAAAUUUAAAUAAAAUCUCUGCUCAUUCAGUUAUGA